AUGCCACCUCCACCCCUCCUACCCACCCAGACGCACAUAACCCCUCCAUCUCGAUCCUUGCCAGUCUGCCCAGCGCAGUCCUGGGGCCGCAGUGCAGUGGAGGAGCUACAGGUGGGGCCAGUGAAGCCUCUGCACAGCGAGAUGGCCAGAGCAGGCCAGAGACAAGAGACCAGAGGAGGCAGAGGAGACCAGAGGCAAGGCAAACAGGGAGAGCCCUGUGAGCAGAGGCGGCAGCAGGCAAAACUCCAGGACCUGCACACAGUGGAGCCAGGAGGGUGCAGCUUGGCCAGGGUACUGGGGUGCCGGCUGUGGAUGGCCAUCAGCAAGGCGCUGUUUGCCGAGUUCCUGGCCACAGGGCUGUACGUGUUCUUCGGCGUGGGCUCGGCUAUGCGCUGGUCCUCAGCGCUUCCCUCUGUGCUACAGAUCGCCAUCACCUUCAACCUGGCCACGGCCAUGGUGGUGCAGGUCACCUGGAAGGCCAGUGGGGCCCACGUCAACCCUGCGGUGACACUGGCCUUCCUCGUGGGCUCCCAAAUCUCCCUGCCCCGCGCUGUGGCCUAUGUGGCUGCCCAACUGGCAGGGGCCAUUGUGGGGGCUGCUUUGCUUUACAGGGUCACACCAGGGGACAUCCGAGAGACCCUUGGGGUCAACGUGGUCCAGAGCAGUGUCUCAGCUGGCCAGGCGGUGGCAGUGGAGCUGGUUCUGACCCUGCAGCUGGUGCUCUGUGUCUUUGCUUCCACCGACAGCCGGCAGACAGCGGCUUCCCCGGCCGCCAUGAUUGGGAUCUCCGUGGCACUGGGCCACCUCGUCGGGAUCUACUUCACCGGCUGUUCCAUGAACCCAGCCCGCUCCUUUGGUCCUGCUGUCAUCAUUGGGAAGUUCGAAGUCCACUGGAUCUUCUGGGUGGGACCCCUGACAGGGGCUGUCCUGGCUUCGCUGAUCUACAACUUUAUCCUGUUCCCUGACACCAAGACCCUGGCCCAGCGGCUGGCCAUCCUCAAAGGCACCUCAGAGGUGGAGAAAGUGGUAGGAGUGGAGCCCCAGGAAAACGAAUCCCAGUCCAAUCCAGGGGACACCAAAAUAGAGACUGUGUAUCAGAUCGCAUAG